AUGAAGAACAAAGUGAUAAUCGAGGGCCAGGUGCUUCAUACGAGAGUGAAAGACAGGGUUGGCACAAAAGUAGGUGGCUCCAAGAUUAUCAGAGUAAAGAGUAGGAGCGAAGGAGAUGGGAUGACGGAGCUCGUGGAGAAGAUUCUGAAUCCAUUCGACUUCAGCCGUGGCAUGAGCUAUGGCACGAUAUUCGGCUUCAGUGCUAGAGCGAGCGACCGUCCGCUAUUUUUUAGACCUCCAGGAGAUGAGAGUGGAACCAAGGUAGACAAGAUAGCCAGAAGUAGACGAGCGAUCAUCAAUGUUCCCCGCCCAAUCGAAAUCAGCAAAGGCAGAGAGUGA